AUGACAAGCAGCGAGGAGACCGAGGAUUUAGGUAUCGGGGAGCACGGGGUGAUCGAAUCUUCACACGCAAAAUACGUUGUUGAGAAGCUGCUCGGCGAAGGUGGUUUCGGCGCUGUCUAUCGAGUCCACGAUGCGGCCAAUCCGAGUCUCGUCUAUGCGCUGAAAGUGGAGCGAAAGCUGGAGACGCGCCGGGAUUCUAAGCUCAAGAUGGAGUUUAGUAAAUCUAGCACAGCAACAGACGAUGAUAUUGCUCCACAUGUUUCUCAUUCCGAUCAAUUCCUACAUUCGAUCUGA